AUGGCUGAACGAUUGGAUAAAGGAAUUGGAGAAAUACUUAAAAAAAAUAAUGAAUUAAAAGAAAAAAUAGAAGAAACAAUAGAAAAUUAUGAAAAAUUAUAUAAAGAGAAGAAUGAAAUAAAUGAAGCAUUAAGAUUAGAAUUAAAAAGAUAUCAAGAAUCCAUUAAAGAAAUAGAUAAUAAAUUAGUUAAGGUAUUAGAUACUGAUCAACAACUUAGAGACAAAUAUUUAAUAGACAUACAGGAACAAGAAGAAAAAGAAAGAAACUAUGGGAUAAGAGCAAAUGUAGAAAAUGAAACAUUAUCAGAAGAAUUUAAUGAAGAAAUAGGAGAAGACACUAUAGAAAAUUUACAAAGAAAAGUUGAUUUAGAAACAAUGGAAUUAAGAUAUUGGCAAGAAAAGGUAUUAAGACCAAAAUAUGAAUAUCAUUAUGAAUAUGACGAACAAAUAAGA